AUGGGCGAUAAACCCUUUGAAAGACCUAGGAGAACUGGUGUUAAUUACACCAGGACUCUCAAUAUUAAUCUGUUAUCAAAUAAAAACAAAUUUAAAUUCAAUCCUAUCGACAAGAAAGAAAAAUUUUUAAAUAAAAAACUUGAUGCAGAAAAUACAACAGUAAACUUUGGAGAAAUUACAAGAAUUUCUUUAAGAGUAAAUAACAUAUGGCAAUCAGCUGUCAUUAUUUUCAAAGAAAAAAGUAAUGCACAAAAGUUACUUACUAAUUGGAGUAUCAUUAUUGGAGAAGAUUCUCUCAGAAUAACACAAUUAGAUCAAACAAUUGAUAAUCUUAAAUUACGUGGUCAAUAUGCAGCAAGGGUAAUCAGUUUGUCCAAUAGUAUUACAGCAAGAGAAUUGUGGCCACAUAUCGAAAAAUUGGAAGCAAAAACUUGUUACUUUUCAAGAACAAGAAACUACAGAAAGAAAGGUAAAGCUAUUAUCUCUUUUCAAGAGGAAGAAGCUUGCGAAAAUGCUUGCAAUGCAAUAUGGGAAGGUGGUGAUCUCAAUAUUAGAAUUGUAAAUAUUCAAACAAAAAAAUGCUAUCGUUGUCAUAAAAUGGAUCACUUUGUCACUAAUUGUCCUCGUAGAACUCAGGACCACAAAUACAAAAACAAAGCAGCAGAAAGAAUAAAAAAAUUUGAAACAAGUUGUAAAGAAAAUAAUGAAAAGUGGUUUAUAGAUGAAGGAAAAAAGUAUAGAAUACAUUGGUCCUCUGAUGGUAUGGAGAGUGAAAUCUUUUCAUUUUUGACCAGUAGAGAACUUAUCGAUUGUUAUAGAACAAUGCAUCCUGAAUCUAAUGGUUUCACGUGGCAAAGAGAUAAUUCAACUGCUAAAAGUCGCAUUGAUGCAAUAUGGAUGUCAAAAAAAUGGGGAGGAAAAAUGGAAUCGUGUUAUGUUGAUAAUUUAAAAUUAAUAACAGAAAAAGAAAGGGGAAGGAGAUAUGGGGUGUCAAUAAACUCAAUGGAAAAAACAUGGAAAACUCUUAAAAAUAUUAUGAUCGAAGGAGCUGAUCAUGCAAUACCAAAAAAACGGAAAAAGAAGCAUAAUAAAAAGAUAAAUAGAAAUGUUGCUGAGAAUAUGAAAAAAGUAAAAAAACAAAACACGUGUGAAGACUUAAUCGCAGCUCUUAGAAAUGCAAAUCUUGAUUUUCAAAGCGUUGCAAGGGCAGAGAAAAAGAAAGAAAUAUUAAAACAAAUACAAGAAGCAGUCAAACGACGAUGGGAAAAUCUUAAAGAAAAUUCAAAAAGAAUGAUUAAUAGUAUUCUAGAUAGACAACGUAAAUCGAUUGUUAUGGAUUGUAUAAUUAACGAAAAUGAGGAGGGAAAUAUUAAAAUCAUCACAGAUAGCACAGAAAUUAAAGAAGUAUAUCUUCCACUAUUAAGAGAAGUAAACACAAAAGAACUGAUACAAACUAUUAACACAUUACCAAAUAACAAAGUGCCAGGGCAAUUUAAUUUGCAGUAUGAAUGGUUCAAAUACCUUCCACUUAAUGGGAUUGAAACUUUGAAGGAUAUACUUAAUAUGUCAAUCAAACUAAACGAUAUUUCAAGAGACUGA